AUGAACCCAAUGCCGCAACCCCCAUACGACUCUGAAACUGCACCGCAAGAAAUGAACACGAAUGUGCCGCACCUGGGUCACUCCGAUGUUACGGAUCGCAAAAAAAUUCGCUCGACAUCGAAGCAGGUAUCAGAGGACCCCUCUUUGUUUGCAGAGCAGCCUGCUGUUGUUGCACCAGAACUUGCAUCCGAUUCGAACACGCCCAUCCCUGCUAUGGACCAGGAUGCGCAGACGGGGCCCGAGAUGGUCGGCGCCGAAGACCCGCAGCACGACACUGUGAAGAAGAAGAACUCAUUUUUUAACCGCCUCUUCAGUGGCUUUAAGAAGAGCAAACAGUAA